AGUCUGGCGAGGCGGCGAGAGAAAGCACCAUGCACAUUUGCGGUUCCGGGCGCCCCGAGCACCUCUCCAACGUCCCAGCGGAGCGAGUAUCGGCGCGAGUGCAGUGCUAGUGGCGGCGAGCGAGUGCGAGUGGCGCGGCGAGUGCGAGGGAGGCGCUGACGGCGGCGGCGAGCAGGAGCGAGCGGAGGCCAGGCCAGGCAGGCAGGCAGGGAGGAGCAGGGCGAGAGGCAGGGAGGCAGGGAGGCAGGGAGAGGCAGGGAGAGGCAGGCAGGGACGCGGGGAACGAGGCAGGGAGGCAGGCAGGGAGGCAGGAGCGAGCGAGGCCCGGCCGGCCUGUUGGGAUCCCGAGGCGCUCGUCACCAUGAACGGCCUCAGCCUGAGGGACAUCUGCUGCCUGUUCUGCUGGCCGCCGUGCCCCUCCAGCAUCGCGGCCAAGAUGGCCUUCAUCCCGCCCGAGGCCACCUACAGCUUCAGUGCCGAUGAGACUGGGUCCCGGCACGGCCUGCACCUCACGGAGAAGGCCGAGUGGCAGUUCACGGACAAGGAGAAGGAGGCCAUCGAGGUCUUCUACACGCGCACCAACCGCGGCAACAAGAUCGCCUGCAUGUUUGUGCGCUGCUCACCCAACGCGCGCUUCUGCAUCCUGUUCUCCCACGGCAACGCGGCCGACUUGGGGCACAUGAGCAGCUUCUACCUGAGUCUGGGCACGCGCAUCAACUGCAACAUCUUCAGCUACGACUACUCCGGGUAUGGCGUCAGCACGGGCAAGCCGUCGGAGAAGAACCUGUACUCGGACAUUGAUGCGGCCUGGCACGCCCUGCGCACGCGUUACGGCAUUUCGCCCGAGAACAUCAUCCUGUACGGCCAGAGCAUCGGCACGGCGGCCACUAUAGACCUGGCCUCGCGCUACGAGGUGGGCGCCGUCAUCCUUCACUCCCCCCUCAUGUCCGGCAUCAGGGUGCUGUUCAACACCAAGAGAACGUGGUUCUUCGACGCAUUCCCAAGCAUUGAGAAGGUGCCCAAGAUCACGUCUCCGGUUCUGGUGAUCCACGGGACGGAGGACAAUGUUGUUGACUUCUCACACGGCCUCGCGAUCCACGAACGCUGUCCGCGAGCAGUCGAGCCUUUGUGGGUGGAGGGCGCGGGGCACAAUGACGUGGAGCUGUACAGCCAAUACCUUGAGCGACUGAAGCAGUUUGUCUCCGUGGAGCUGGUUAAUUGACGUCUUGGGGAGGCCCCCCCUCCAUCCAGCCAAGGGGGGCUCAACCACCACCCCCGCAGCAGUGCCGCCUUUGGGGGGGGCUCCACCUCGUCACGAGGGGCCAGCGAGGGGCUGCUACUGCGUUGCUGGGAUGCUGACAAGGGCAUGAUCGCUAUGGAGGGCAUGUUUGCCACAGAGGGCGUCAUGGCCUCGGAGGGCCGGUUGACGGCCGUGGACGCCACGCCGCCCCGUCCCACCAAUGCCGAGGCCCCAGCGUCUGCUUGCGCAGUGCCCCCUCCUGCCCCCGCGGCCCCCUCCUCGGCCUCCAAGAGUCCGGCCAAGCCGUCACCAAAGGUUGCACGGGCCUCGGCGUCCCCUUCGCCCUCGGUCUCCUCCUGCGCCUCCAUCAGCCAGGAGCCGCUCCCCCCACCCCCAGAAGCCCCCCCCACACCUUCCGUCACCCUCUCCACCUCCAUGCUGCAGCAGCACCGACGCCAGCACUCGCGCUCCGGCUCUGCCACCGAGAAGCUACUGUGACC